AUGGCCUACGUGCAAGUCGCCGCUGGAGGGAAUCACGCAGUGCUGCACAGGAGCGAUAGCAGCGCUGUGGCGGGCGGCUUGAACUACGCGCGUCAUUGCGAUCUCCUGGCGCUGGCCGCGGGCUUGACGUGCGCGCAAGACGCUUUUCGAAGGAACCACACACUGCUACCCAGGAGCGACGGCAGCGCCAUGGCCUGCGGCAACAACCGUAAGGGUCAGGGCCAUCUCAUUGCGCUGCCCGCGGGCCUGACCUACGCACAAGUCACCGCCGGUGGGAAUCACACGGUGUUACUCAGGAGCGACGGCGACGCUGUGUCGCCGCCGGCGGGAGCGCACACAGUGCUGCUCAGGAGCGACGGCAGCGCCGUGGCCUGCAGCUGCAGCGAUGACGGUGAGUGCGAUCUCCCUGCGCUGGCCGCGGCCCUGACCUACGCGCAAUGCGACAUCCCCGUGCUGACCGCGGAUCUGACGUACAACGUUCACUUUGGUCCGGCACCGUUGCAGGAAUCGCUCGACGGGGACACGAUGCGCCUCGUGACCUCCAGCGGGGCGGUCACCGUGUCGGGCUUCGACGAGUUCUUCCUUUCAAAGUCCACCGAGGUCCUGCACACGAUGAUCGCGGGCGGCGCCGAGUUCCAGUCCCCCGACGCGGCGGCCCCGGUCGACUGCCCUGGCGACCCGAUGAACCUGUCCCCGGAGCAGAAGAACGUGGCGGUGACCAUCCUCUUCAAGGACACGAGCACCUUUGACUUCGGGCUGGAGGUCCUGGGGGACGAGGCCACUCCGAUCCGGUCCAGCAGCUCCGCACUCAAGCACAAACCCAAGCCCAAGGACCCACAAAUGGAGGUCCAAACCACCCUGCGCAACUCGGGCAAGAAGAGUGCGCUGCUGGCGAAGGCCUCCGACGCUGCCAUCCGCGCCGAGCAGGACCUUGCCAACGCCCAGAAGCUGUGCGAGAAAGCCACCGUCGAGCAGGUCAAGGCCCAGGGAGAACGCGAAGAGGCAGCCAAGGUGCUGCCAGCUAUGGUACAAGCGCCACGUCAGCAUGCUGCUCCACCAGCCGGCGACACAAGCGACGGCAAGUGCAUCAUCUUCGCGGUGGAUGACCAGCUGAUCAGCGACUUGGCGGAGUUCGACGAUACCCAGCAGAAGGUGCGAGCAAUCCGCUCGAACCCCGCCGAGAUGUUCCGCGGCGACCGGGGCCCGACCGCCAAGGGUGAGAAUGGAGUGUGCAGGAAGGCGGAGCAGCUGACCGACCUGGGCAGCAGGCCGCACCCUCGUCGGCAUCUUCGGCGUCUGCUUCUGCCGCUCCUGCACCUGUUGCUCCCGCUGAGCCAGGCCAUCCCGCUGCUGGAUCAGCAGGCUCCCGCAAGCCCCCAGCCCGCGGGUAGCGGGCAGUCCCUCAGCGACCCUGCCGUGGCCUCCAAGCUGUUCUUCGCAAACAUCUUUGAUUGGGGCCCAGUGAUUCAAGGGUUCAUGACGGGCCAAGCGAAGGAGCUGGAUCAGCUGCCUUUCUCCCAGGCCCGCAGCGCGGCCACGGUGCAUUGCGACAACGAUGUGGAGGCCGCGCGCCAGCAGGCUGGUUUCGUCAACGACGACAUCGUUAAAAAGCGGGACUAG